AUCCGCUACAACUGAAUUCAUUCACAAAUGUCAACAAACAAUGAAUAUUUGAUUUUUUUAUAAAUAUAAAUUCUUUUUCAAAUUCUGUUUUGAAAUUAAGAAUGAAUACUACUUCCAGCGUAAAGAGAGACCCAAAUGAAGGGCUACCUAAGCAAUUUCUUUCAUCGCUUAGGAUUCUUUUUGACAUUUUAGAUGAAAAUCAAUCUGGAUUCGUUCAUCUGCGGGAUAUAGAAAGUAGAUGGAGUGAUGAUGGAGUAAAGGGUUUACCUCCUGGAGUAUUAGAAGGUUUAAGGAAGGUUACUCCUUCUAAUGGUCUUCUAAGCUUUGACAAAUUCGUUGCAGGCUUAAAACUAGUAUUAAUUAACAAGAGAGAAAUGUUGACAAAUGAUGGUCGUAAACCUUUUGCCUCCAAAGAAAACCAACUACCUUCGAAUCAAGGUUAUAACUAUAGAAAGGCAAGUCACGCAACUUUAAGUGAUGCAGACAACAAUAAAUUUAGAGGUGAUGCAUUUCCUCACAGUGCUCGACUUUCUCAGAGUCAACAGCGAUAUGGAGAUUUUAUUGAGACCACUACCGCCAGAGACACAAAUGAUCAUUAUAGUGGUUUCCAGCCUCAAUUAAAUCACAUAAAAUCAAUACAAAAUUCAAAAUCAGGUCCUCAAUUACAAAGGGACUUUACAUAUAACGCACACAAGGUGAUGCCAGAUGUCAGAAGCGCUAGUGCUUUACACCAAAAUCCCCCACCCCAAGGCACUUUUCAGGGCUCAUCAAACAAUGGUUAUUUGAGACGUGUCAUUAGUAGUACCCAGAUGCUACAUGUGCAAGAAAAACCAAGAAUUGACCAGCCUAUGAUGAUGGGCACAGAAGUUCCCAAAAUAAAAAAGUCAAUAUCAGGCCCUAAUCUUCAAUCCCAAUCACCUCCAGCUGUUCCUCCACGAGAUAAACAAUCUAGUGUUAGAGUUCUUAAUGAACUGAAAAAUUGGCAGAGAGAAUGGUCAGCCACUCAGAGUUCUGAAGCAAAAAUUGAAAAACCAUACAGCAAUGUUAAUUCAGACACUGUAAUUUAUGGUAAGCAAAACAUAUACUUAAAAAGAUAUAUCUAUUCACCUGAACCUGUUUAAAUUGGAUAUUCAAAAAGCCUUAUUCUGUGUACAUAUGAAUAUGAUUGUUACUUCAGGAUAUAAUAGUAUUACUAGAGUAUACACCCCAAUUUGUUGAUUAAAAAAUGGCUCAUCAAUCAAAUAUCUUAGAUAAAAUAUGUUUAUAGGUACCCAAUGAAAGUUUAACCAAUUUAUGAAUUAUUUUCUAUCAAGUUCAGCGAUAUGUCAUGGAGAAAUAACCAACUAUUUUACAUCAAUAUCCAGAAAAAACUACCCUGUUUCCAUAUUUUUAGAAUCAGAAAUUCAAAACCCGUCGAUAAGCAUAUGGCAUAAUAAUAACACAAUUAUAUAUUCUUUAAAUUUGGCUCAAGUUAGGAUCUCAGAGACAAUUAAUAAUGUAAAUUUCAUAACUUUUCCUCCCAAAAAUAUAGCCAGGGUGCUUUUCAACUAAUAAAAAAUGAGCGCUGCCUAAACAAUCCACAUAGAUACUGAAAAAAAAAAAAAGAGUGGGAGGAAACCCUAUUUUAUCAUAUCAAACGCUGGAAGAAUAGGGACCCAAUUUCAACAAGAUGGCUGAAGUCUUGGUAUUUCUAGAUCCGAUCAUAGGAAACUCGUCAAUAGGCCUAUACAAUAAGUUUAUUUUAUACUUCAAGUGACAUUGAUGUAUUUUAAAAAAGAAAUGAUGUAAAGACUUAAGAAAUGUGUGUUUAAUAUAAUCCUAUUUGGAAAACAAAACGUUUUGAUUUUCAACAGUCAAGAGCUUCUUUCUUUACUUUACAAAUUAACAGUAAUAAUAAUUGUUUCUGUUGUCUAUUUAGCCAACAUUGAUGAGUUUCAGAAGAGACGGGAGACACAUCAAUCAGAAGCACUAAAAGCCAGUGUGCGACGCCAUGGAUCUGGAAGAAGACACACACUGGCUAAUGGCAUUGAUCAGAAUAUGGUAGAGUAUCUCAUAUGUGAUUGAUAAAGAUUGAAACACAUAGUACUUUCAUUCAAAGACAGCCAUGUAAAAAUAACUGGUAUUAAUUUAAACUUGAAGUGACAAAGCAACUAUAUUUUAUGACCAUAAAAUAAGGCAGCUUUUUUUAUGUUCUUCUUUUCAGCUGAAAAGAAUGAAGCAACUAGAAGAGGAGAUGUCAAUCUUGCGUACAGGCUUGGCCAUGGUCGACACAGCUAGAGAUUGGUACAAGAAAAAAAUGCAAGCUGUUUCUGAGAAACAGGCUAUGCUGGGGAAGGUUAAUUAUAAUGUGAGUCUGCACUUUGUCACACAGUUCAAAGUUUUUUUUACAAAAUUAUAGGCAUUCAUGUUAUUUCAAAAGGGGCUUUAAAAAUGUGUUCAGAGAUGGAUUAGAAAUUAGCUUAUGAUUUAAAAUGAAACAUAAAAUUUGAUUUGAACUUGAAAAAUACAUUUGCAUACGUCAUGUGGCUGUGAAUUUAAUUGGGACAAAAAUGUAUAUGUAUAUGUUCAGCACCCUUUGGUGUUCAGGGAAGUUAAACAAGCUCAUGGUGUAGGGAAUAAUUAAAUGGGUGCUAACAUAGGUAGAUUUUAGACAUACUGCUGGCUAUGAUCAAGACAAUCUGUGCUCUAAUAUAAAGGUACUUUUUUUACAUGGAAUAAAACAUGAAUAAAGACACAUAAAAUCUACAUACAGUAGAACCCGGUUGUGUCGACGGCCUCAGGGUUUGCCAAAAUGUGUCGAGAUAACAGAUGAUUAACAUAAACGAUAACGAUAUUGGCUGCAAUAUAUUAACAUGUGCUUGAAAUUUCUUUAUGUGCAUGAUGUGCGUUAGUAAAUGCAGGUACUUCAGUAAAAAAAAUAUUUUUUUAAAAAAAUUUAAAAAAAUAAAAAUUACAGUCAUUUAGAGCAAAUUUUAAAAAAUGAAACCUGAAUCUACUUUUUAACUUUAGUACUUUUUAAGCUACGAAUUUUUAAAGUGCUAGUUCAUUUGGUAUUUUCUACUAUGGACGAAGCCUCCACAUUUUGUGAUCUCAUUCUGCUGAUGGUGUCUUGCGCAAUGACUAUAUUGUUUAUAUAAGACAACGCAUCCCCUUGUUACUAAAAUACUAUUUAGGGACUACUUAUUUUGAACUUUCAACUUUGGCACAUGACUAUUUAAUUAAAGCUUUCCCUCAUUAAUGGUUUAAUAGCUUUUGCACACGGCAAACUCAUAUGAAUGAAACUCUGACUUAGUGGCACGGCAUAGCGAUUAUGCAAGUAACCGUGAAUGGCUGCCCAUGACUAUGUUUUGCACACGGCAAAUUAUGAUCAUUUAUAAUAUGGAAUCUACUGGGGUUUUAAACCUCGAAUUAAAACAUAUUUAUUCAAAUUACUUCUAGGUUCAUUGUAAAACACAAGUCCUGUAUUUUGAGAAAUAAAUAAUUAUUUUUAAUUAGGAAAAACUUGUUAAUAUGUUGUUUGCUAUUUCUUCUUGCGAGUUCAAAAGCCGGCGAUUGGUCAUGAGGAUCGAGAUAACCGAGGUUAAGAGGAAAAUUUAGCCACCUUUUGUGCUCAAGAUAUCAGGGUUCAGCGACAUAAAAGAAUCGACAUAACCAAGGAGAAAAUGCUAAAACAAAGAGAGAAUUUGGCGGUUCCACUUCAAAAAAGUCGACAUAACAGGGUUGGCCAGUUAACCGAGGUCGAGAUAAGAGUGUUCGACUGUACAAAGAAAUUAAUUAAAGUCUAAGUCUAACACUAGAAAUAUCUAACCCUCACAGUAAUAUAAAGAGUACAAAACCCAAUUCUAAGUUCUUGGAAUUAAUAUGACAUUUAGUACUUGAAUUUGAUAACUAUCGCUGCUAGCGAGUGGAUGGCCCUAUGUAGUACUAAGUUAGUGCAGGGCCCAAUCUAGUCAUCUAGUACUAAGUAAGUUCAGGGCUCUAUCUAGUACAGAGUUAGUGGAGGGCUCUGUCCAGUACUAAGCUAAUACCACUAAUCUUGCAUCAAUACAUCUGAGGGUCUACCUUUAUUAGGAUAAUAUACCCCGUAUAUAUACGGGUUGAUGUAGAGUUAGGGGUCGCUUAUUAAACACUUGCCCUGAUGUAAUCCAAGGUCACCUGCUGGCAGUGUAAACAAGAAUUAUUAUUUUGGUAUAGGCUUUGCCUGGGGCAUUGUUUAGCCACUGGGACACUGGUCAGCCACUGGGUUUAUCAAGCAAUUUGUCCCUCUUCACUGGAAUGUGGACUCCUGACAAGGUCAGGGGUCAGGGGGGUACAUAAACCAAAGGUCACUACCAUGUAACACAUUAAUUGGAGAAAAAAAAUUCAGGAAGGAAAUUCAUAUUGUUAAAAUUUUUUACAAAUGCAGGACAAUUCGGUGGAGGCACAUCAAGAAAGAAUGAAUUUUCAGCGUGCAAGAAUAGCUGAAGUGAAUCAACAUUUACAUGCCUUAGUGGAGAGCUCUGAUAAGGUAAGGAGGACCAAUCGUCCAGUGACAGUUUUCACUUUCAACUCUUUGUGUUACAUUUUUAAACAAGUUCCAAUUGAAGACAUUAGUGCUAAAAGUAAUUAAGUCACAAAAUAUACAUUUUGAGAUAAUAUAUUCUUUUCGUCUUUAAAAUAUUAUUAUUUUCAUAUUUUGUCUUGUUUAAUUAAUUAAGAGACUGAGGCACAUUUUAAUGUGUUCAAAUUUCUGCAGUGCACUUUGUGACGCAAUGUACGUUGUCUAGAGGUCGCACCCCUGCGUAAUAGCCACAGAAUCAUUUUUAAGGGUCUAGAACCCCUUUAUUUCUAGCCCUUACAGAGCUGAUGUGCUGAAUGUUCCAAGUAUCAAAACAAACGAUGCAUAGAUUCAGGUUUCUUGUUAUUUAUUGGCUCCAUAUGCAUGACAGUGAAAAAAUGAACACGAAAUAAUCUCUGGUGUUCAGAAUAAAAACGUGUCCAGAAAUACUACACAUACUAUACAAAAAUAGUUACACAAGUCCUAGCGAGAAUGUACUCUAAGUCUUCUUCCACCCAUAGAAGAAUGUCGCUCUCUCCACUAAACUAAAAUCAUAGACCCUAUCCACAACACUGGCCACAGUCUUCUCCCCCAAAGGACUCACUUCUCUUUUUCACACAACACUCCUAUCAUCACGUGGUUCCUCCCGACACACCACCAUGGUCAUACAUGACCAAGAAAAACUCGUGGGGCCCACACGGAAAAAACCCACCCAGGAUUGCUCAAUUAACAUCAUAAAAGCAGACACAGAGAAACUCAUGCGAUCUGACCGUGACACACUUGGCUAAACCAGAUUGGGAAAGGUCACAUUUAGAUUGAUUUUGGCAAAAAUAUGACUUUAGUACUUUUAGCACUACGGUAUUCAAUUAUGAAUUGUUAGAGAAAUUGCACAUCAUUUAAUAACAUCACAAAUCAGUGUUAAAGAUGUAUUUGCUUACUUCUAACCAUGACCUCUUUGAUAAAAAAUAAAUUUGUUUUAAUCUUUAAACUUAAUCGCACUGUAGUAUUCUGUCUAUAUGGUAUCCAACCUUCACUAUGUACAUCAAGUAUUUGCAAGGAAUAUGUAUAGCACAGACAAGAUGUAUUCAAUUGAAUUUAAAAAUUCAAAAAAUAGAGAUGAGCAGAAGUUUUUUGCUCCUGCACAACUUCAUUUUGUGCUUUAGUUUCAAGUGUUACAGAACUAAAGGGGAUCUUUUCAUUGAAGAAGUUUAAAAACACUUUAUUAGUUUCUGUUUCCAGUUUUGUGUGUUGUCACUUUCAGGGAUUUCCUAUACAUAUGAAUCUUGUUAUGCCGUCUGCUUCAUCCAACGUACAGCCUGGGGACAGUAGCACAUCACACAGAAUCAAAGAACAAAACAGGCGGUUGCUUGAGGUAAGAAUAAAAUAUUAUUCCUUUGAAUUCUAAAAAUCAAAAGGUUUUCCAGAAUUAACCUAUUCAUUUGAAGUUUUUAAAGUAUUUAAAAAUACUUUAAAAAAGUGUCUAAACCAAACUUCAAUAAGUGAUAUGACGAUUUUGGCAGUGAUUAUUUGAGAUACAUGACUUUUAAAUGAAAAAAAAAAAUUUAAUGAAUUGUUUCACUCUUAUUUAUUGGGAUUACUGGCUGUUAGAAUCCUAUUGUGUAUAAAAUUAAAAUUGCAAAAUACUGUUUCAAAAUCAUAGAUUUCCCAACAUUUCCUUUAUUAGAAAUGACACUUUGAGAUACAGAAUAUAUUACAUUUACACUUAGCAAUUGGACAUUGUAAAUCAAGCUAACCUAACGUUUUGUUUUGAUCACAUGGCUGUUGUAAGCUCUGCAUACGUUUCAUUGCAUUUGUAUUUCGACAAAUAGGUAGUUGUAGUAGUCUUGUAGUUCUUAAGUUAGUUAGUUAGUAGUCUUGUAGUAGUUGUAGAGGAAUACAUCAGUUAAAAAUCCAUGGACGAUAAUGGAUGACAUAAUUAUUUUUCUUGCUUUUAAAAAAGUGGGAUAAGUUUUAUAGACAAAGCAAAGAAAGUAAAUUUUUUUUUUUUUAACUGUCCAAAACAUCUUUGUGCUGAUCUUUCACUUUUGCUUUCAGUGACAAUUCAAGACAAUACAAAGUUAAUGAAUAUUUUAAAUACUUAAUCUUAAAUUUAAAUCUAUCCCUUUGAACAUAGUUGAGAAAAUAAGGUGAUCUGGUACGUUUAUUUAUAUAUAUAAAUAAUACAUAUAUAUAUAUAUAUAUAUAUAAACAUUUAUAUAUUUACUUACACUCUGGCUAAGUGAUUUUCGCCCCCGAUCAGCACCAUAAUAUUUAGCCGUUUAUUUUCAACUUUGAUGUUUUGAUCAGAAAUAAUUGUAUAACAUUAAUUUUGUUUUAGGAAAUUGGACAGAAAACAGAUGUAAUCAGUCAGUUGGAAAAGGAAAAGUCUACUCUAGUCCGUGAACUGUUUGAAGCUCGAUCUAAGAACAAAUCUGGCUUCGAUGACACAACUUUUAUGUAGCUAACUUUUGCUGUUAGAUUUUUUAUUGCAAAUUAAUUUACGUUUAAAAUUUCAUCUAAUUAUAGUUGGCGCUUAACAUUGGUUUUUUUUCUUUUCAAAGAUUUUUCAGAUUUUUUAAUCUACGUCCUG